AUGGGGAAUCUGAAGAACGCCUGCAUUGCCUUCCUCGUCCCGUUUCCUUCUCUCAUCUUCUUCGUUACGUUCCUCCACCGCUACGAUUCCGCCAUCGCGACCUCCGCCCCCGCGGGCGACCUUUGGGAAUGGUGUGCUGGCCAUCCUCUACUCCUCGCCAACCUGCUCUUCUUUGCCAACGUCGACGUGCUCUUCUGGAUCAUCGGCCUGCUCCAGUCCAACAACUGGGUAUCAGUUGCCAUCUAGGGUUUUCUAUUUUCCUUUCCUCUUCAGAUCCGCUGCCUGAGAUGCUAAUCUCGUGCCGGUGGGGCUCUUGAGCAGAUGAUAGAUCUGUACUGGACAGUGAUCCCGGUGAUGCUCGUCCACUAUUACGCCGCCCACCCUCGGGCCGUGGCCGACCCGGCGAGGUCAACGAUAGUGACGGCGCUGACCUGGGCGUGGAGCCUCAGGCUCACCUACAGCUACUUCAGGAGAGAGCAAUGGCAGUGGGGCGCUAGGGAGGAUUGGCGAUAUCACAGCAUGAGGAAGGAUUAUGGCCGUAAUUGGUGGUGGCUCUCCUUCUUCGCCGUCUAUCUCUCCCAGCAGGUAAUCCUCCUCGUCUCAGUCCCUCGCGCCGUGUAGCUGUUUGUCCAAGCGUCAAUCCUCCAGUAGGGUUUCACAUUCUUGCCUUGAAUUUCUGCCAAGGUUUUCUCAGUUGAUGGAGAAUGUUGGGCAUCUCUCUCACAUGUAGGUUUUCCUGAUCGGCAUCUGCCUCCCCAUGUACGCCGUACAUUCAAGCAACAGGCCCUGGGGCGCGUGGGAUUCUCUCGCCGCCGCAGUCUGCAUCGCCGGAAUCACCAUAGCCUACUUCGCCGACACCCAGCUCCACCGCUUCGUGACUAGGAACAGGGCUCUGGAGGAGCUCGGGGCGCCCACCGUGCCAACUCUGGACACCGGCCUUUGGCGGUGCUCCCGCCACCCGAACUACUUCGGGGAACAGCUAUGGUGGUGGGGGCUGUGCCUCUUUGCCCUAAACGUUGGACAAGGGUGGACCUCCAUUGGAGCAGCCAUCAACAGCCUCAGCCUGGUUUACAUCACAGUGCUCGUCGAGCGGCAGAUGCUGAGGAAGAAAUCCAGAACCGAGGCCUACAGAGAAUACCAGAGGACGACUUCUGUCUGGAUUCCCUGGUUCAAGAAGACGGUGAAGGAGACGAAGACUAAGACCAGAUGA